AUGCACCUCCUGAGUUUUGACAAGAGCGGUGAGCUCAGACUGACAAAGCCUUCCGAGGAUAAACAUCCUCCAUACGCGAUACUCUCACAUACUUGGGGUGACGAAGAUGCUGAGCUUACGUUUAAAGACGUUCAGGAUGGCCUUGGCAAGAGCAAGGCUGGCUUCCAGAAAGUCAUAUUCUGUGGUCAACAAGCUCAGAAAGACGAUCUUUUAGAUUUCUGGGUCGACUCGUGCUGUAUCAACAGAUCUGACUCCAGUGAGCUAUCAGAGUCGAUCAUCUCGAUGUUCCGUUGGUACAAACAAGCGGCCAAAUGCUACGUUUAUCUGUCAGACGUCACGGCUCUAAAGCGUGGCAACAAUGGCGACACCGCCUGCAAUUGGCAAGACGCUUUUCGCAAGAGCAGAUGGUACACCCGUGGCUGGACACUACAAGAGCUGCUUGCUCCAAACGAAGUUGAAUUUUGGUCGAGAGACGGUCAACUUCUCGGGACUAAGCAAACACUCAAGGACCUUAUAUACGAAAUCACAAAAAUACCAGCCCCCGCACUGUGCGGAACUUCGCUGUCUGACUUUUCAGUCAACGAACGACAUCGAUGGGCUGCAAAGCGUGACACUACAAGAAAGGAAGACAAGGCGUAUUGCUUACUUGGCAUAUUUGACGUCUUUAUGCCUCCAAUGUAUGGCGAAGGGGAUAAUGCGUCCCAGCGACUCCAAGACAACAUCAAACUCCGUUUUGGUGACGUCCGAUCUGGUAGCGGCAAUCAGACGGGCUCAAAUUACGAGGAUUCAGAGGACCACCGAGAGUCAGUGCUGGCCUCAUUGCGAUUCGAGCAAAUGGACACACGGCGAUCUACUGUCAAGAAUGCACAACAAAAAACGUGUGCGUGGAUGGUGCAACACCCUGCUUAUGUUGCCUGGCGACUCAAAAAAGGCUGCUCGGAAGAUCAGAGAACACUAUGGAUCGCAGGAAAGCCAGGCGCUGGCAAAUCAACCAUCAUGAAGUAUUUGUACGACAAUACUAACCAAAGCAAACACGAUGACGAGAUCGUUAUAUCAUUCUUCUUCAACGCACGUGGAGAUCAACUGGAGAGGACAACAGUGGGGAUGUACCGCGCUUUGCUGGCUCAAAUCUUGGUAGAAGUUCAGGAUCUGCAGAACCUGCUCGAUGAACAGGACCCUUCCAGCGAGUGGACUACCGAAGCGUUGAAGCGCAUCUUCGCUGACGCUAUCAAUGGUCUUGGCGGCAGGCGUCUUACAUGCUUCAUCGACGCGCUUGACGAAUGCGACGAACAGCAGAUCCGAGAUAUGGUCGAAUUCUUCGACGAUGUUCAAGACAGUACACAGGGAGAUUCUAAGAGACUCUUUAUAUGUUUUGCCAGCCGCCACUAUCCGACGAUUGAGAUACGCAGCGGUCAGCGCCUGGUCCUAGAAGAUGAAGAUGGGCAUUCCGAGGAUUUGUGGAAAUAUAUCAGACGCCGCCUGAGAGCUGGAAAGGGUAAAUUGGUGGAUGACAUUAAAGCACAGGUGCACGAGAAGGCGAAUGGGGUAUUCGUGUGGGUGGUCCUGGUUAUCAACAUCUUGAAUGACGAAUUCAGCAGAGGCCGCAUCUUCGCCGUGAAGCAAAGAUUAAAGGAGAUACCCGGCGACCUGAGCGCGCUCUUCCGGGAUCUUCUCCGGCGCGACAGUGCGAAUAUGGACGACCUGUUACUUUGUAUCCAGUGGGUUUUAUUUGCGCGACGGCCACUAAGGAUGCAGGAGUUCUACUUCGCUAUGGUUGCUGGACUGAAUCCUGAACGAGCAUCGGAACCCUGGAAUCAAGACGAAGUCACAAGUUACCACAUGACACGUUUCGUUCAAAGCUCUUCUAAAGGAUUGGCGGAAGUCACCAAAUCCAAGACGGCGCCGCAGGUACAAUUCAUUCAUGAGUCUGUGAAUGACUUUCUUUUGACAGACGGCGGCUUGCAAGAACUUUGGCCAGAUUUGGGCAACGGCGAGAGAUCUCGUUCCAUCAGCCAUGAGCGGCUUAAAAAUUGCUGUCUGCACCAAGUCGCUGCCGACUUUUCAAGUUCCACCUCGAUGAGCUUCGCAGAACCGCUUCCAAAGGCCAAAUCCGAAGAAGACAAGAGAUUGCGUGAAGAAAUGUCAGCAGUCUUUCCAUUCGUCGCUUAUGCGAGCAGCGGAAUACUAUAUCAUGCCAACGAAGCAGCCCGCGCUAUCGCAGAGGAAACUUUUUUGCUAGACUUUCCGCUCGACAGAUGGGUCUACCUGAGCAAUCUCUACACGAGUCACCAAAUUCGUCGGCACUCGUCAAACGUCGCGCUGCUUUACGUCCUUGCAGAGAAUGGUCUGCACCGCCUGAUUCGAGCGAUUCCAUUUCCCUAUGGUUUCGAGCGACUACCGCUCGAGAAGUACCAGUACUCGCUCAUGGCUGCAUACUGCAAUGGUCACAAGAACGCUUUCUUUACACUUUUAGGCAUCACAGGGAAUUCAUGCGCACCUGCGAUCGAGAGUGACCCGGGAUUCGGGAAAGCAUCUCAGAUUUCCAAGACUGUAGAUUUAUUGUUGUGGGCUACCGAUCACAGAAACUGGGUUCUCGCUGAAUGUCUACUGAUUUGUGGCCAUCAAUCUGAACCUGUUGCAGAUCCACUUCAACGGAAGCAAGAUGGUAACGAUGCACUCUCUCUUGCAGCACGCUAUGGCAAGAUCAACAUCGUUGGACCCUUGUUCCAAUAUAUGUUGGAAGCUUCCGCACCGAGACGUGCUGAAAUAAGACCUGAAUACUUGGUCUGUGCCUGUGAAGGAGGCCAUAUGAGGACCGCACAGCUGCUACUAGAACAGGGCGCUUCCAUCAAUGCCGAGUGCAGCGAGCGUCAAUGUCUUUCCAAAUACCGUACCGCGCUCGAAGCUGCAUUAGCUGAAGAACAUGAAAACCUUGUAAGGCUUUUGAUUGACCGCGGUAUAAGCGUGGUAGCUCAGCAGUCUGCUCUUGCAAACGCUUCUCGGAAGGGGCGGGUCGGAGCGGUCGAAAUUCUCCUUCGACAGAGUGCAAAGGUCGAUCGAGGAUCGUUGUGCAGCGCCCUCUGGGCUGCAUCCGCAGGCGGCCAUCAGAAAGUGUUUGAGAUUCUUCUCGAAUGUGGCGCUGAUGUCUCUCCGCCAAUCGACGGCCCUUUUAGACUGGCCCUUGAGCAAGCUUCUGCCCCGGGACAUGACCACAUAGUAGAGCGACUUCUCGACAGAAGCAAAGAUGUGGCUAUCGAGCAAUUCAAGACUUCCUACGGCACCGCACUGACGGAUGCUUGCAGAAGAGGGUUCGAGCAUAUAAUGGGAUUUCUGCUUCUGAGCGUUGCAGAUGCGAAUGCACGAAGCGUGAAGGAUGAAAAUGCUCUUAAGACUGCAUGCUACAAAGGCUACGAAAAGAUGGUGCAGCCUCUUAUCGCUCAUGACGCCGACGUGAAUGCUCGAAGCGAACUGGGCAGCACUGCCCUAGGAACUGCAUGCUACGAAGGCUUCGAAAGGAUAGUGCAGCUUCUGCUCGACUAUGGAGCCGACGUGUAUGCUCCAAGCGGCAAAGAGGGCACUCCGCUCGAGGCUGCAUGCUAUAACGGCCACCAGACGGUAGUGCAGCUUCUGCUCGACCAUGACGACAAUGUGUACACUGCGCACAAAGACCAUAGUCAUGCGCUCUUGUAUGCAUGCCGCAAUGGCCACGUGGCGGUGGUACGGCUUUUACUGCAUCAUGGCGCCGCAGCGAAUGCUCCACACGAGAUUCGUCCCCUUAUAGAAGCAUGCGGUCGAGGCCACGAGGUGGUUGUAAGGCUCCUCCUGGAUCAUGGCGCUGAUGCGAAUGCUCGACACGAGACUCACGGCAAUGCACUUAUCACAGCGUGCAUUAUGGGCUAUAAAGCGAUCGUACGGCUCCUACUCGACCAUGGCGCCGAUGCCAAUACGCAACACAAGAUUCACGGCAGUGCCCUUACUUCUGCGUGCGUCAAUGGGCACGAGGCGGUUGUGCGGCUCCUACUCGACUAUAAUGCCGAUGCGCAUGCUCAAAACGAGGUUCAUGGCAGUCCGCUUAUAGCGGCGUGUAUCAACGGCAAUGAGGCUGUAGCACGGCUGCUGCUCGACCAUGACGCCGAUGUGAAUGCACGAAACGAGAUUCAUGGCAACCCGCUUAUAGCGGCGUGUAUCAAUGGCAAUGAGGCGGUAGCACGGCUGCUGCUCGACUACGGCGCCGAUAUCAACGCCGAAAAGUGGGUGCGCGGUAAUGCACUUAUGGGUGCAUGCGAGAAAGGCCGAGAGGCGGUUGUACGGCUCCUACUUGACCAUGGCGCUGACGCGAAUGCUCAAAACGAGAGUUAUGGGCCUGCGCUUACAGCAGCGUGUGUCAAUGGCUAUGAGGCGGUAGCACGGCUGCCGCUCGACCACGGCGCCGAUAUCAACGCCGAAAACUUGCUGUAUGGUAAUGCGCUUAUGGGUGCAUGCGAGAAAGGCUGUGAGGCGGUUGUGCGGCUCCUGCUCGAUUACGGCGCCGAUGUCAAUGCUAGCCAUCUAUUCUUCGGCACUGCCCUAGAUAUUGCCAAGUCAACUGUACCGAGCAAGAGGGAGGCGAUAGUACAGUUGCUACGUGACAGUGGCGCCAUUGACUGGGAUCCUCUGGGUUAGGAUUCCUUCUGCGGUCUGCGGGACGUAUAUCUGGCCCAAUGCUGAGCGCGGAAUGACGGUUGAGAUCCUGGCGUGGUGCGUUGGUGUCUCUGUCGUCUAGAGGAAGCGGUUCGGACCAUUGAAAAAUAGUCUCUAUGCAUAGCUUGGACGCCGGCAUUGGAUGCUGUACGACAUCGCCACGUCGCAAACCCGUAGGCUCAUAUUAACACCCUAAUUGGUAGGCACACAAAGAUCCACUGGAAAGCAGACGCGAACGUAGAC